GAACACGAUCCGGAAGCGGGCAUUUCAAUGUCCAGCAGACCUAUGGACAAGGCAGAGAACCCUGACAAACAGAUGGAGUCGCCAACAGAUCCCUCCAAAAAGGAACAGUUAGGAGAGAAAGAGGUGGGCGUGGUUCUCCCAAUGAUAUCUGGCUCGGGAGACAGUCCUGGCGACAAGGGAGGGAAUGAUGGCGACCCUGACCCGCGGGCGUUCCUCAUUCCAUACUUCACUACCCUCAUCUUCGGAGCCAUGCCAAUCUUCUUCAUGGAGAUGUGUCUGGGACAGUUCCACAGGAAUGGACCAGUGGCCGUGUGGGAGAAAAUGUCUCCUAUGUUUAAAGGUAUCGGAAUGGCGUCGUGCUUCAUGGCUUAUAUCGUAGCCUUCUACUACAACAUAAUCAUCGGCUGGAGUUUCUUCUACCUCUUCUCUUCCUUCACCUCCAAACUGCCCUGGACUUCCUGCUUUAACGACUUCAACAGCGAGAACUGCUGGCAGAUCACGUGGGACAUCAACGCCACUGUCUCUGAAGACAACAGCAGUUUAGUCGAUGACGUCAUGAGUUCGGACUUGACAGGUUUGAUGAGCAGCCAACUGCUGUCCACACAGCCUCCGAGCACCAGGCCUGCCAACCGCACAUACGACGUGAAAACGUCAAUCUCAUCCACAAUGGAGUUUUUUGAACGCGGCAUGCUGGAGCUAAACAAGAGCUCAGGACUGGAGGACCUUGGCGAGGUCCGCUGGCAGCUGGCGCUGUGUACCUUCCUCACUUUCACUGUGCUCUAUUUCUGUCUCUGGAAAGGAGUGAAGAGUACUGGAAAGGUUGUCUACGUCACGGCUACUCUCCCUUACGUCAUCAUGACCAUUUUGCUGGUGCGGGGAGUUCUUCUACCAGGGGCCGAGGAGGGCAUCAGGUACUUCAUCACUCCCAAGAUCGAAAGUCUACGGAAUCCUAAGGUUUGGAUUGACGCCGCAGUGCAGAUAUUCUUCUCUGUGGGCUCUGGAUUCGGAACCCACAUUGCCUAUGCCAGCUACAACAAAUUCCACAACAACUGCAAGAGAGACUGCAUCAUUACAGUGAUCGUCAACUCCUUCACCAGUCUGUUCAGCGGCUUUGUCAUCUUCUCCUACCUGGGUUAUAUGUCGCUCAAAACUCACAAACACAUCAAGGACGUGGCUACUGAGGGCCCAGGCCUUGUCUUCAUCGUCUACCCUGAAGCAAUCGCCACUCUCCCCGGCUCUGUAGGAUGGUCCGUCAUAUUCUUCUUCAUGCUGUUGGCCCUCGGGCUGGACAGUGCGUUUGGAGGACUGGAGUCCCCUCUGACAGGGCUUCGGGAUGAGCUGUCGUGUCUACUCAAGUAUAGAUACUUCAGGGAGUGCCUCACUCUCGUCAUCAUUAGCUCAGCCUUCAUCUUCUCUCUGCCUUGUCUCACGCAGGGUGGGAUGUACGUGUUCACCAUAUUGGAUACGUUCGCAGCAGGAACUUCCAUUGUGUUUGUGGUUCUGUGUGAGGUGGUCGCUGUCUCUUGGUUCUACGGCAUGCCCCAGUUCUGCGCUGACGUAGAGAAGAUGACAGGUGAAAGUCCCAGUAUGUUCUGGAGAGUGUGUUGGAAGUUCAUUUGCCCUCUUCUCCUCACCGUGGUUGUGAUUUCAAGCAUUGCGUCAUACCAGCCAUUGACAUAUGAGACAUCCCAGGGAAAGUAUAAAUACCCGUACUACGCCAACGUUGUAGGCUGGGGGGUCGCUUGCUCCUCCAUGCUAUUGGUGCCUGGUUACGUCAUUUAUAAGCUGAUUCGGACCCGUGGCUCUUGCAGACAGCGUCUGGCUCUAGGCAUAUCCCCACAGUGGGAGCACGAGGACAUUGAAAGAACAGGACAUGUGAAAAGAUUUCAGAGAACACAUUGGAUGUCCCUAUAAUGAUAAGCACUGCAUCAGAUAUAGCAAUUAGCCUCUUACGCCUAUUGCAAGAGUGUGGGUUUCAUCCAUUAUGUCAUGUGUUCAAGCCUAUGUCAUAAUAAACUUGGCGAAAGGGAUCUUCCACUUACAUUCUUCCACGCUUAUGAAACGCAACAGACAAUCCAUGCAUGUAUAUAUUCCUCAUUGCUAAUGAUUACUCGAAAUUGAAUCAAGGAAUUUAUCGAUGCAAACACUGACGUAUAGAGCUCUUGGUAUUAACAACACAGUUCUAACCUACAAGGAAUCCCUCUAUAUUAUGUAGUCAUGAUAUAGACUGAUGCUUACUUUCAUAUUGCUGGAAUUCUUGUCGUCGCGUUCCCGGGAUCAAAUCAGUGAUGCAGAUCUACACUUCAUUGCUAAAUCAUUUCCAUUACUGUCGGUAGGGACAAGACAAAAUGUUCAUUCAGGGGAGGUUUAAACAAAGUCAUACUAAAUUAUUUAGAAUAGGAAGUUGCACAAGUUGCAAUACAUCUUCAAAAAUAUCUCCCAGAAGCCAGUGUCAAGUGAGUAGACUAAUGUGUACACAUCAGUAAAGAGGUUAAAAGUAACAACUUCACCUUAAUUGUGUCAGUUGACCUUUAACGACUUAACAACAACGGCAUCCUGAAAGGGUCUCAUGUAACGCCACAACACCCAGAUAGUACACACCCCACUGCAAUACCACUAUAUCCAUCUCAUGUAAGUCUUUAAGACUUCUUGGUGAAUGAUUUAUGUAACUUAUUAUAUUGGAUGAUACAAUUUUAUUUCUUUUUCAAGUGUGAAUGUUUUGAGCAAACCCUACUCUUCUACAUUACCUGACACCCUUUCCUUCGUAUUUAUUAUCACUAUAUGACUCAAAAGUAUCAUGAGUAUGCGAUUUUGUAAGCUAUGUUUGUCGAGCCAAAGGCUAUGAAUGUUUUUCUUAUUUUUCUAUUUUGAUAAACCAUUAUAAUUCAUAAUAUUGUUAUGUUUUCCGUUGCCAAGUUCUAUGAGUGGCAUAGUGAUUUAAGUCAAUUCUUAGACAACAAGCAAUUAAAUGAUUUUUGAAUGUAGACUCCCAUUUGUGGCUGAAUAUAACAAAAUAAACAACCAAAAAAAAAAAACACUUGCCCUUACCAGGCUUCAAAUUGCCUCUCAUAAUUGCAUUGCAUUAUUGUACCUCAUAACUGUUUCUAUAAGGCCCACGGUAUACAUACAACAAGUGGUUUAAUCGAUACUGCUUCGCUCCACGAAAUGUUCAUUCAUCAUUUUCUAUCCAACAUUUUGGCUGUGCGUGUACUUGUUUUUUAAGACAAAGUUUUAUUUACACCGGGUGAUUUUUAAACUGCAGGUUUUUUUCAUACAAGUCUCUCUUUCUUUGGAUGAAACGUGAUGUAAUAAUAAUAGUGUUCCUCAAACUCCCUUCUUUUGUGUCCGACAACAAAGAGAGUAAGCAUUAGGCCUAUACAUCAACGUUAACAGUUUCUUUUGAGCACAAUAAAAGUUUAUUUUUUUUAAAUUCAUCUAAUAAUAUUACGACUUUUUGUUCGACUAUAGUAUUUCGAUAGGUACGAGUGUUUAUUUAAACGGGAUUUAUCUAUGUGUCGAAGUCUCGUUAUUGAUCUAGUAUGGGUUUUUUUUCAUUUUCAUUUUGUAUGAUAAAAAAAUUAACUUGUGAUUUUAGUCGAUCGAAUAUAGCCAUCUAAACGUUUGG